AUGCAGGCGCUCCUACUCCCCACGCGGGCCGCGCCGCCGCCGCCGCCGCUGGCGAUGCUUCGGCAGCGUGCGGUUUCCGCGUCCGCGUGUGCGUCGCAGCUGUGGGGUCCACGGAAGCGCUCGGCGGCACCUCACAGUGGCGGUGGCGGCGGCCCCGUCCUCGUCCUCGCCCUCGCCCUCGUCGGGACCGCUCUGCCGACGCCUCCACCCACCGAGCAGGAGGUGGAGCGGGUCAAGCUCGAGCAGGUUAUGAAGAGACUAGAGAAAACAGCAAGGUAUUUCAAGAAUUUGGGUACCUUUGGGUUCUGGUCCCAGUUGGUGUGCACAAUUGUUUCUGCUGGAAUUUUGGCAUUCUCUACAGUUGUAACGGGGAAGGUGACAGCACCCUUUACAUUCUAUGCAACUGCUGCUGGUAUUGCUGCUGCUUUUAUCUCAGUCUUCUGGUCAUUUGGUUACAUCCGUCUCUCUGAAAGGCUUAGAAGAACAUCAAAAGAACCUGCUAAGGCUCCUCCACGCGCUGAUGUUGUUAAGAGCCUGAAAAAUGGCAUUGUUCUUAAUAUUCUUGGGAUGGGCGCCGCUGUUCUCGGCAUGCAAGCUACUGUCGGUGCUUUGGUAGCAAAAGCUCUCACAACCUCUGCAGUACCCUAUUAUGCUGCUGCUCCUGGCCAAAGCCCUGUCUUGGCUUUAGAUGUUUUCCUAGUUCAGGCUUCAGCGAACACCAUCCUGUCGCAUUUCCUUGGGCUGGCGAGCACCCUGGAGCUGCUGCGCUCGGUGUCACUGCCUCCAGCGGAAGCUGCCCCUGCCUCUUCCCCGGCCCCUGCACGGGCCUGA